AUGGCUGAUCUCAGUCUUUCUGUAACUCAACUGCAGGCUCUUCAUACCCUUCUUCUUCUUCAAGGCUCCCAUCUUUCUGAUGACCUGAAGUCUCUGCCUGCCUGCCUUCAAGCUCAACUGGCCCUCAAUUCCUCUGCUCCUUCUUUUCCUACCCCAUCUCCUUCCCCAGAGAGACUCCCUAGGACCAGCAGUAUUUCUUUGGCUAGAGCUAGACUUAGGUCUCCUGGGCUCCUUUCACAGCCUAGGACAACUUGUGAGGUGGGAAUCCAGGUAGCAGACUCAGAUUUGGCUCCAGAGAACUUCUCGAGACCUCCUUCUCCUGCUUCUACCUCUGACUACGGAGCUGGCUCAGAGUUGGGAGGAGAAGGCCAAGGUCUGCGGGAUGACGCCGGCGCAGCGAACUACGCUCCGGAUACUGGCGCCAACUCCCGCAACCACAACAACUACAACAACUACAACGCCCACAACACCAGCAACAGCACCCACAACUACGCGCAGGGCGCGCUCCCCAAGGCCUUAGACCAAGGCAAAGCUAAGGAUGGAGCGCUCCUCGGCCACCCAUUCUACUACGAGCACAGCGAGGCAGACUACGAGCCACAAGAAGAUCCCAGCCUUGCCAACGAGAACCCUUUCCCCAGCGACCAGCAUCGCGAAGAUUCUGCAGACCCUGACUCACUCCUUGAAGCUCUCCUAGACGAGCUUCUCAACGACCGCGAAUUGGACGACUGCAAAUUGGGCGAACGUGAAUGGGACGAUAGCGAACGGGACAAUAGCGAACGGGACAAUAGCGAACCUAGCGAACGGGACAAUCGUAAAUGGGACGAUCGCAAAUGGGACGAUCGCAAAUUGGAUGACCACGAAUGGGAUGAUCGUGAAUUGGAUGACCGCGAACGGGACGACUGCGAAUUGGGCGACCGCGAAUUGGAUGACCCCGACUUCGAUACCCGCCGGGCCUGUGACUCUCAUCAGAAGGAGGAUGCAAUCUUCCUCUCAGACUUAGACCCUCUAAUCUUAUCCCUAUCAGAGGAGGAACAGAGGGGGCCCUUAGUCAACUCUACUGCAGGGCAGCCAGGCUCACGUACUGAUCCUGUUUCUUCUCAUUUUGCCACGGCACACGAAGAUCCAGCCUCCCGCAAGCGACGACGUUUACGUGAAUCUCUUGGGGAAGAGGUUCCUGCCAGGGUAGCGGUACCAGGGGUAGCUGACGCAAGACCAGAUUGCAAUCGUAACGGGGCCUCCGCUUCACGCAAGAGACUGCGAGUCAAUCAUCGGACCAACCUGGCUUCAGGAGAACGGGGGGAGGAGGAGGAGGAGGAUACUGGACAGCAGUUUCUUUAUGAAGCCAGCCUUCACCCCCGCGCUCCACCCAAAGAGGUUACCGAUGCAUCUUUGGGGUUAAUGUUGCGUUUGACUGGGGGGGCUGGUUGGGGAACUGAUGUUUGGGCAGAAGAUAUCCUACGAAUUGUGGCUUGUGUGGAUUGGGAGGAAGCAUCCGGAGCGCUGAGUAGCUACUCCUUGCUUCAUCUAGCUCAAAGAUGUAGUAGGGCUGAAAAGAUAGAUACUGGGGCUACCUUUGUCAGAAUGAUGUGCGAACUGUUUCUGGCAGCAAAAGUGAACAGUAUACUUCACGAGAAUUCCAAGGACGGGGCCCCACUCUCAAGUGCCUAUCCCGCAAUCACUAGCGUUGUAAGCGAAGGUAUAACCCGAAAUAAUAUGCAUAAUUGGUUGAACGCGGGCUCACGCUGGGGGCGUCUAGCUUCAGCCGGUUCUAUCUAUCUCUUGUUGAUAAUAGCUGGACAACCUGGUUUAACUUCUAAAUUAAGAUCGAAAGCAGUUAGCAGUACUGUAUUAUUUGCUCUGUGUAACGACCUACGGUGGCCAGAUAACCCUUUACCUAGGUCAUUUGUGGCAGAUCGUCUAGUUCCCGCUAUCGCAAAAUUACAAAAAUUGAUUCCUCUUCAGAUCCCCACAUUAUAUUCUCCUAUUAUUCAAAAACGGAAAAACAUUCCCAAAAUUCUUCUCUGCCAGGACCUUGUAACCAGUGAUCGGGCCUCAUUCAAUCUCGCACAUAAAGAAGAAAUAUGGGAACCAGUUUUAUCUUUUGCACCAGAGGAAGGAGACGAUCCUAUUUCUUUUAACAACCUUGGGAACCGAUACCUUACCCAGUCAUCUGGGGUUGAAGACAUGGACCAAGACUUGGACGCCUGGGAACCUGGACUAGAUUUCGACUAUCGGGAGAGGGGAGAAGGAUUUUCCACAUCAGAUAAUCAGUUUGCUAGCUCCUACGGAGGGAGUCCUGAGGAGGGUAAUAUCCUUCAAUUGAAGAGUUGGUUCAGAGAAGAUUCGAUUGGAAAGAGUAACCCGUUUCCAGCUAAAAUAUCUUCACGUAAAACUUGGACAGAAAAAAAACGCGCAGCAGCUUCGAAAGCUAUUAGUCCUGGAAAUACAGAAGAGUUGGCAGAAAAACUGAAGGAUAGAUACGACCAGGUUACGGGAAAGAUUAGAAAAAAUCAGAAAUGGCUAAAAGUCCCUCAACAUAUUAUCGCAGGGAAAGAGAUUAACCUGCGGGAUCAGGACGGCAAAUUGAUUUUCCACAUCGAUGGGACUCUCAGUUCAGAAGUCCGGACCAAUCUGUUCAAUUCUCUAAAGGCCUGGUGUCAAACAGCCAGCUUGUCUAUGUUUGGCAUGGAUUUGAAGACUACGGAUUCUUCCUCCAAUACUGCUUUCACUGCUCUACAUUUUUCCUACCACGCUAAAUACGGGGUUAACGGCAAAAAUGCGCCAACAGAUAUCCAUCCCCAUUUGCUUAGAAGAACGGAAGAAAAAAAAACCAACACGUCUCAGUUUCACGUAUACGCUUCAGCUGAUAUGAGAAGGUAUCCAGAACCUUACGAGCUUUUAUAUAUUGCUCUGGAAGAUACUCUGGAAUACAUAGCCAGCAAGACUAUUACCCGACUACCAGAUUUCUUCCAAGGUUUGGCUGGGGAAAUUGACAUCGUUCCCCUUGUCACGAAGCGGCAGAGGCGGAGUGACUAA